GAGAUUCGACAGAUUUAUCAGAAACAAAAAAAAAAACAAAAUUAAUAAUAAAUAAAAAUAAAUUUUAUAAAGACAAAACCAACUAAUUGAUUACAAAGGUACCUAAAUAAUUUUUUAAAAUUUGCAUUUACCGAGAAUAAUGUCAUACAAAAUCGUUCAUGCUUUAUCCUUGACUUCUCAAAGUAUUGGGUCAAUCCCUUCAGUUGGAGUUGCUUUCAAGAUUGGGCAUAUUGCAAAAUUCAAUCUAUGUUCGAGCAACUCAAUCUUUGCCAAAGGUUAUGAUCAAGAAUUCACUUGAAUCAUCUUCAAAUAGGAUACAAAAUUGAAAUGUACAAAAUUGUUAUUGGAAAAGGUACAAUACUAUAUGCAACGGAUUUACUUAAAUUAGCAAGAGGUUCGAAAACAUUCUUUGAUUUCGUUUGGCUAUAAGACAUAUUCAAUCAUAUCUCCAUAUAUUUCUCAUCAGGCAAUAAGACUGGC